ACCUCGGGGACGACUCGCCGGACGAAUGAGAGCCGAUGACACAAACAAGUCGGCCAAGACGCAGAACAACAAUGAGGAUAACAACGAAUCAACGAAUGCGGAUAAUGACGAGGAAGAUAUUAGCGCCCUACCGCGUAGACGACUAGCCAGACCCAAUCGACAAGCUACACCAGAAGUUACGGCAGACUCAGAGACGCCCCCAUCACCUGGUCUUUUCGUCACCCCGGCUCCCGAAACCCCUGUAGCUCUCCGUCAAUCCGUAGCCGAGCCUGAUACGGACGAUGAAUUGCCGCAAAUUGCAGGAAAGAGUGAACGCUUCAUGGCACUAGUAGCUAAGAAGCGGGAAGAAAGGCUUGCUAAGGAGGCAGAAAAGAAGCGCAAGGACGAAGAACGUGCUAAACGAAUGGCUGAGCAGAUGCCCGCCGAAUCGGAAGUCGACGACGACGUAUCUGAUAUCACUGACGAUGAUGGCGGCCGUCAACUCACGCAAAUUGUUUCCCGUCCUGCUGCUCGCAAGGCUAGCAAGAAGGCUUUAGAAGAAAUGAAUCGAGAGACGCAACGAAUAAGUCGAAGCUUGCAACUUGCUCACGAAGCCAAGACCAAGAAAAAGAUAACCAAAGAUUCGUUAUUUGAGCGUUUCAAUUUCAGAAAGGAAACGGCGCCUAGUGAUAACAAGCCGACCAGUUCGAGCAGGCCAACGACCCCGGGCUCACAGCAUACUGAUGCUGAUAUGGUAGAUGCUGGAACUCCUCCAAGUUCUCCACCGCUGGCCCCAAAAUCUGUACAGGAUAACGACGCUACGCCCACGGUUCAAACUACGAGCGUGCAGAUAAAUAAUGUAUUAGGAGAGGACGAUGAUGAGUUGCCUAGCCUAGAGGAUGCAUUGGCGCAAAGCAAGAAGGAAGAUAAGGGCAAAGGCAAGGCCGUCGAGUCUAUAGCCGUACCUUCGGAGACGAAAACAGCAGCAGCCAAGCCAAGACGCCAAGUUCGCGUCAAGAUGCCUCCAAUACAGGCAAACUUGGUCGCGAUAGAUUCUGAUGACGAGCUAGAAAUUACUAACUCGAAGAAGGGCCGAAUGGAUUCGAUCUUUAACAAACUCCCCGAAAAGAAGGCACAGGAAUCCAAUUCUAUGAAUAUUUUACGUCGUCUCGCCCAUCUCUCCUCACCCCCGAGAGAACCUACGCGUGGCCGCAAAGCCAAACCAUCGAUGACCCCCGCCGAGCUUCAGAUGUCUCUACAACAACGCGCCAGAGCUCAGGCCAAAUUGGAGCGAGAUCGACGUUUAGAACUGUUGCGAUCCAAGGGUAUCAAUGUCCUGACUGAAGAAGAACGCCAGCGAGAAAGAGACCAGGUUGAAGAUAUCGUUGCUCGAGCCCGCCAAGAGGUCGAGGAAAUCAUGCAACGAGAACGCGAGGAUGCUAAGAAGACACGGAAAGAGAGAAAGGAGGAGGGUGAAAACGAUCCUCUGGCUUGGGACGAUAGUGACGACGAUAGUUAUGAGGAAAGUGAGAAAGAGAAACCGGCCGAGGUUGAACUUUCUGGAUCGGAAGAAGAGGGAGAUGAAGAUGACGAGAUGGAUGAUGCUGAGGACGAAGACGAAGACGAAUCUACAGCAAAUCCUAUGUUUGAGAACGAAGCAGAGGAAGGUGGUGAAUCUGAAGAGCAACAGACGCCAAAGGCCAAAACCCAAGCUAUUGCUUCCGACGACGAGGCAGAUGAUGAACUCCCGGCGAUAAAGUCCCGCCGAUCAAAGAAACAUGUGCAAAUCGUUUCAGAUGACGAGGAUGAAGUAGAAGCGACUCCGAAACCCAAAGUUAGUCACUGGAAAUCUCCAUCUGCUACUCACUCAAGCUCUCCAAAGGUCCCAACGUCUGUCUUGCGAUCCGCCACGAAGACCUUCAUUCCCGGACUCCCCGUUCCUGUAGCAGCGCCAGCAGGUCUUGGACUUACCCAGAUUUUCGCCGGUACCAUGGACGAUAGUCAAGGCGGGCCAAUCAACGGAUCUCCGAUGCAGUUUACUGCCAGUAUUGACAAUUUCCCCGACUCCCAAUUCUCCGCCACGGCAGGUCAAUCCCAGAAUGACAUGGUUCUUGACAGCCAGAAGGAGCAAAAUCUAGAAACCCAAGCGCGUGAAACGCAGACUCAAGGCGUACAACUGCAUUUUUCGCAGUCGCAAGCGCACGGCUUCGAUACAUUGAUACAGAUGGACGCAACACAAAUGACAGACUUCAUUGAGCCUACUCAAGAUGGCGGUUUCCAAGACUUCUCUCCACUUAAGCAGCGAUUUGUCGAUGCGCCCCAAUCUACAGUUGAUACAGUAUUACCUAGCGAGAUACCCGACUACGAGACCAUCGAAGACUCUCCUCUCGUGAAAAGAGGGGGAAGGUUAAUACGUCGUAGGCCUUCAACCUUGGCAUCUUCCACCUUAGCAUACCCCGAGGUUCCUGGAAGCCCUAGUCCCGCUUCCAGAGACCCCGAAGCGGGUGCGAAUGCAGCAGCGAGCGCGUUCAAGGUGAUGGAAAAGGCAGCCAAGAGGAAGAAGCGCAUGCAGGAGAAGUUCGACAAGAAAAAGAGCAAGGCUAAUGAAAUGGUCGAGGAGCAAGCCGAGGAGUCCGAGGACGAGUACGCAGGUCUUGGCGGGGUUGAUGGUGAAGACUCGAGCGACGAAGACGAGGAACUGGUCAAAGAGAUGAUUGACGAUGCUGUUGGCAAUAACGUCGACGACGCGAAACUGGCUGGUUUCUAUGCUGAUCGAGAACGUGCAGCGGAUGCGGCCCAGGUGGACAAGCUAUUCCAUGAUAUUACAACCGGCAUGCUACGCAAGCGUCGCCGUGGUGGUGGCAAUCACGACUACGACCUCUCGGACUCUGACGAUGAGGGCGAGGCCCGACGACGCAUGAAGCAGCGCCAAUUCGCCAAGAUGCGGAAGGCGUUGUACGCGGACGAGCGCAUCAGCAAAAUCGCCGAAAAUUCACGCAACGCGGCGUUCCUCAAGAGUAUAGAGGACUUGGGCAGCGACGAAGAAUGGGACUUUGGUGAGAAUGUCCCGGAUUCUGCGCACGAGAGCACGGGCGAGGAAAGCCAAAGCCAGGAACAGAGGAAGGAUACGCCAGCAGCGGAGCAGUCGAUUCCGGAUAGUCAACCUACGGAUGGACGCAAGCGCGCUCACGAGGGUGACCACGCUCCACGUCCUCCACCCAACGCCCGACGCACGAAAGCCGGCACUCGUCCCACUUCAAUCACCGACGUGAGAAGAGAAUUGUCCGAUCUACUCGACGAGCCCAACGGUUCCGCCGCAUCCAUUAUUCCUGCUACGGAACUAGGCUCCGACGAGGAGGACGAGGAACGACCAAAGACAGCGUCUUCGAACAAGGAGAACCGAACUCCUGAUGUCGCAGUAGUAGACCGCAUCAAGAUGAAGCGCGACUCGUCUUCGCUCUCCGCAGCCGGCAGCUCGCGCCUCGCGUUUGCAGCACCGUCAGCGUCCGGCUCCGGCGGCUUUAAGGUCCCGGCGCUGCUCAGGCGCGCGACGACCAACUCGCUCAUAUCCAGCUCCUCGACGUCGUCUAGCGGCGGCAACGUCGCAACCGGAAACGCAGGAGGUCCGGGUUUAGGUCUAAGCAAGGCGGGAGAGGAUGGCAAGCUUCUGAAGAAGACGGCGGGAAAGCGCUCAGGUAUUAACUACUUCGCGAGGGAAAACGAGAGGCGGGCCGCAGUCGCGGACGCGGAGAAGAGGCGCGAGGCUAAGAAGUGGAAGGGCGCGGAAGGGAGAGGAAAGGUCGUUGGCGGGUUGUUUGGGGGUGGCAAGUUUGAGUAGAGUGAAAGGGGUUUUACUCUGGCUAUCUCCUGGACUUAGGUAUAUAUGACGUUGCUUUCGCAUAGGCUUUCACAUAGGCUCUUCCAGGGAUUGGUGCUUGGUUUUCAUGGCAUAGGCGUAGGCGUAGGGCAUCCAAAUGUCUGAAUAGGGAGACAAUUACCCCAGAGCAAAUCUAGUCUUGAUUAAUUUGAUGUGACUUUACAUCUGUUGUAGUUGAUAACGAAGACGUUACUGCUUGUGAUAUGAUUGUUUAUUCAUGUAGGCC